CCACAUCAAACCGAAACACCUAUUCCAACACUCAUCCACCACACGGGACGAAAGGCCAAGCGGCGUUGCCCCUUCCAUAAUGCCCAAAAAAGACAAGCUCCAAUCUCUCCCUCCGGAACCUAUCACCGAGCAAACUUCCCUACUCCAUCCCAACCAAGACGGCACAAAUCAUGGCACUCUCCCAGCAGAAAAUGUCUCCGCCCUCGAAGCCCAAGCCGAACAAGAACGCCGCGAAUAUGAAUCUGGUCAUGUUCCUCUCGCCGCAGAACCUUCGACGCGAAAACUCCUCGCCACCAUGUCUUCCCUCUGGAUGGUGACAUUCCUCGCCGCACUAGACACGACCAUCGUCGCGACCUUAUCAGGCCCCAUCAGCAGUUCCUUCAAUUCUGGAACCUCUUUCAGUUGGAUUGCCACGGGAUAUCUGAUCGCUAAUUCAGCUUUCCAACCACUUUCGGGGAAGUUAACGGAUAUUUAUGGAAGGAGGGCAGGUCUGAUUUUUGCUUUUACGUUCUUUUCUGCGGGCACGCUACUUUGUGGGCUGGCGAAGAACGCGGAAAUGAUGAUUCUUGGGAGAGUUGUGGCGGGUGCGGGUGGAGGGUGUUUGAAUACCGUGUCUGUUUUUGUGGCGAGUGAUUUGAUUCCACUGAGGAAGAGGGGAUUGUGGCAGGGGAUUGGAAAUGUGGUAUUUGGAGCUGGUAUGGGGUUGGGUGGUGUGUUUGGUGGAUGGAUUAAUGAUACGUAUGGGUGGCGAUAUGCAUUUUACAUCCAGGUCCCAUUUGCUGUAGUCGGAGGCUUGUUCGGCACCUACAUGCUCGACAUACCAGUGAAAGAGACUGACAAGUCCAAGAUCAGGCGCGUCGACUUUCUUGGGGCUAUCACUCUCGUCACCGCGCUUGUGCUGCUGCUCCUCGGCCUGAACAGUGGCGGGAACAUCGUGCCAUGGAAGCACCCUCUGGUCUACGUCUCCAUCCCUCUCAGCUUCGUAGCUCUCGCCGCAUUCGUCUUCAUCGAGGAUCGCGUUGCCUCCGAACCCAUCAUCCCCGUCCGACUCCUCCUUCACCAAAGCGUCGCCGCAGCAUGCCUGACUAACUGGUUCAUGACCAUGAGCGUCUUUGGCUUGAUCUACUACGGACCCAUCUUCUUCCAGGUUGUCCGCAACGUCACAGCUACACGAGCUGGAACUCUCUUCAUCCCGCAAGCAGUCGGCACAGCAACAGGAUCACUUGGAUCAGGAAUCAUCAUGCGCUGGACCGGCAAAUACUGGUAUCUCAACAUCUUCAUGCAACUUCUCUCCCUCGUUGCAACGAGCUUGAUCGCAUGGCAAUUCGACGAGAACGUCCCUACUGUUCCGCCAUUCAUCUAUCUCUUCAUGGAAGGCUUCGCAUACGGCAGCAUGCUCACUAUCACUUUGAUCGCAUUGAUCUCUGCUGUCGACCACAAGUACCAAGCUGUUAUCACCAGUGCAUCUUAUGCUUUCCGAAGCACGGGCAGCUCGAUCGGUAUCACGAUUGCCGGGGCGGUCUUCCAGAAUCUGCUGAAGAAAGGACUUUUCGAGCGGUUUGGUGAUGAACCUGGCGCUGCGGAUCGCAUUCGACGGAUACGAGAUUCAACUGAUGAGCUCAAUCAUCUGCCCAAAGGCUGGCAUGCUGGCGUGAUAGAAGCCUACGUCGAUGCCUUGAGAGGGGUGUGGAUAGUCGCGUUAGGCUUUGCUGCACUGACUGCAGUUGUCAGUUCGUUCAUCAAGCAGCACAAACUGUACAACAGCCUGGAUCGCAAAUAGUCUGCACAGAAUCUGAG